GGUUCCGAGCCAGGACCGAGCUGCCACCAUGGACAGUAUGCCGUGUAUGAAGAGUUACGAGUCGGAGGCUUCUCUGCUGGUGGGCUACCGACGUCUGGACUCGGCAGGGGACGACCUGGAACCGAUGACAAUCUGCUCCAGUGAAGACGAAUUCUCAGACUCAGAUUCGUCAGAUUUAGACUCGGCGUCGGACGUAGCCGGCAGCCCGCGGGCGGCCCGCCCUAUGACCGACGCGCUCGAUCUGCGCCCGCUGCUGGAGUCCCCGCGCCACCGCGGCACUACGGGCGCCGACCGGCCGGCCCUCUCUCGGCACGUGCCCUCGUGGGUCAUGCGCACUCAGCAGGACGACAGCAACGCCAACGCGGUACCGGCGCCGCUGGCCACCCUGACGGCUAUGUCCGGCCUCUCGCCGCCCAUCAGCAGCCUAUCGCCCCUCUCUCCGGCAAUAGAGAAGGCGGAGAUUGAGAAGAGCGAGAAACCCACUGAGAUUAGUGGGGAGAUCAAUGGGAAUAUGGUUGUCUACAAGGAUGGCGCACGGCCUAAGGCGACGUCCGAGAGGGUCAAGACGAGCCGGCAUGCAGGGGUGGUGAUGAAUAAGUCACCCAAGCAUCACCGUCGCUCUACUACGGCGGAAGAGCUGGAUCGACGUGAUCUCCGCGUGCACUUCAGUAACGAUGCAGGUGUGCCGCGCAAGCAGGAGAAGAUGAUGAUGAAUACUUCACUCAAGAUGAGUCUCGAGUCGCCGCGCCGUCCGCGUCCCAACACGCUACCGGUGGUGUCCCGCCAGUUGUCCCCGCGGCCCGCCCCGCCCCCGGCCGCCGCCGUCCGCCCGGCCCCUCCGCAGGUCGAGAGGCCGGCGCCGCCGCCAGGGGGACGCCCGGCGGCGCCGGUAGAUGGCGGGCCAGUCGCGUCGGGCACCAGUCCCGCGGUCAGACGCAGGGAGAGAUCGGGGAAUAGGGAGGAGAAGAAACAGUAUCGCAAGUCGUGCCCGGCUGGGCCAGUGAAGGAGGAGAGACCCAGCUCACCCGAUGGAUAUAACGGAUUCGACGUUUACAACCUGGAGACAUCUCUCCCUAAGAUCGACUGGGACGCCAUCGAGAAUCACCUGAAAUCAGUUCGAGAGGAAGAGAGAAAGCGUCGCAAUGACCGCGAGGCGAUCCGACGGAAGCUGGCCAUGGGCCACGAGCCGGAGGAGGGCGCCGCCGCGAUGGGAGCCGCUGCAGGAGUCCGGCCGGGCCGCAAACCGAGCCUGCAGUCGCGCCUGCAGGGCGGCAUGAACCUCCAGAUCUGCUUCAUGAACGAGACGGCCUCUGACGAUGAGGAUGAAGAUGAGGAGCUCGGCGGAGGCCUGCUGGCCAGGCGGAUCUCGGGCGCGGCGCAGCCCGAGCCAGCCGCCUUCCAGAGCCUGCCCGUCGACCUCAACGACUGGCCCAAGUUCAGCCAGCCGCCGCCGGUGGCGCGCGAGUCCGGUGAGCCGGCGCGCACGGCCGACUUUGUGCGCCACCAGGCGCAGCUGCAGGCCGAGGCGCGGCUGGCGCUGGCACAGGCCAAACAGAUGGCCAGGAUGCAGAUGGAGAUCGAGAGACAGAGCCGCAAGAGCCCCAUCUCGGACGUGGUCCGGGUGGCCUUCCAGAAGAUCGGCGUUCCGUUCCCGGACGGCCGACGGCGCGUCAGCCGCCAGCUGCUCACCGAAAUGAACAUCGCUCAGCUGCAGGUUAUCGUCAACGACUUCCACGCGCGCAUCGAGGGGUUAAACGAGGCGCUGGUACGCUACCUGAUGGAACGAGACGAACAGCACAUGGAACAGGACUCCAAACUCGUGCACAUCGAAGAUCUCACCUCCUACUUUGGCCAGAAGCACCAGGACGCGCCGCCGCCCCAGCCGCCGCCGCCGCAGCCGGCCGGCGCCGACUCAAAGCGCAAGCCGCUCCGAAUAGGGCUGGGCAGAGCAAAGUAGGCCUGCCGUCAGCCGCUGUAGGCAGCGGGAGGGAAACUGGAACACAAGUCUGUGUGUGGUGUGGUGAAUCUAGGUACGGCACCACGCUGAGCGUUUGGUGCUAGUGGUGUUGAGGGUGGACGUUUGGUGUGGUGCGAGUGUCCUACACAAGUGAGGCUCGGGAGGGAGCCUAUGAAGGACGACUGCGGGGGGUAACUAGGCGUGUGACAAGUCGAAUGCAGUGAAGUCCGUCGGCCUGGACAGUGCAUGGUCGCAUUCUGAUCGAUCUGAGUGAUGGACUGACACUGGACAGCGGGCGGCUGUGUGUAGGAGCGCGGGGCACGCAGCUCCUACGCACGCUUGGUGACGUGUGUGUGCUUGCGACCCACCCCACGAGUAUCUGUGUGCGUGCAACGCUCGCUUUGCAAAGACAUAACAGCGCGUGCGGCGUGCAUUGUAUCGAGCUUACGCCGCCGAAGUCGCCAGCGGCUCUCUUAUGAACGAGAUCUAUCGAAUAUUAUAUUAUAACCAGUAUUACUGUGCGUGCGUGGGGCGGCGAUCGGCUAGGCGUCGCUUGCUUUCUGUGCCGCCCGUAUAUACUGUUAUCUUGCCACGCGUGGAUCGGAGCCAGUCUCGGUCUCUGCACAUGCAGUGGACGCUGCCGCCGGCCGCGGCGCCCGUAUUAUGUAUAUGACUCAAAUAACUUUUAUACUUCGUUUCCUUAUGUGUAUGCCAUGUUUUAUUUGCUCGCGCGAUCCACAUUCCGCUUAUCCUGGCGGCCGUCGCCUCUGCAGCGUAUGUGUUGUAGUGGGGGCAGAGAUGUGGCCGCGAAGGGUGAUAAUGCUCUGGAAAUACUAGCAGCUGACACUCAGAACUCAGAAUACAUUCAGUUCUCUCA